UCAGCUCUGGUCCCAUUCAACCCUGGCAGAGAAACAAAAACUCAACAAAUUAACAAAUUUCCAAGGAAAAUCGUCAACAAUUUCGGGUAUCAAAUCACAACAGUUUCUAGACAACGAAUUUCACCCAAAUCCCAAGGCUGCAGCACCUGCAUUUAUCACAGGCGACCAAAUUUAAUCGGGUUAAUUAGACAAAGAAAUGGCACGCGGACACCAGAAGAUUCAGUCGCAGGCGAAGGCCUCCGAGAAGCAGGCCAAAAUAAAGAAGCAACAAGGACACAGUGCCAACGACCAGAAAAAGGCGGCCCAAAAGGCACUCGUCUUCGUGUGCGCCGUUUGCAAGUCUCAAAUGCCCGAUCCCAAGACUUAUAAGCAGCAUUUCGAGAACAAGCAUCCCAAGAACGACAUGCCCGAGGAGUUAAAGGAUGUCUGAUGACCAAUUUGGUCGUGUGCAUAUAUAAAUAUAUCAAGCUGAACGAGAUCGACGAGUUGCCUACCAUUACGAAAUAUUUGCAACAAUAACUUUACACCAGCCCGAAGAAGAAAACCAACAAUCAAGCCGAAGCCAAGAGGAUGGAUAAUAGUAAUAAUUAUAUGCCAAUUUUUUUGUAUACACACUGCUGACUUUUGGUUUUAGUUUAUACAUUGAAAUUAAUACAGUAAGCAAUUGUUCAAUGAAUUGCUACCACAAUACAAAGCAAGCAACCACGUCGCAAGAUAAA